AUUGGUUUAAAAGUGAAAGGUGAAAAGUAAGGUGUUUAAGGUGCCAGGUUCCCACAUUUUAUAGCAACAGUCAUGGCUGUAGCUACUGUAUUUUGAAGGACAUUACUGUUACCAUGGAAAAGGCUUUGACUUGUGUCGUAUUCGGUAGUACGAGUGAGUGAGUGAGUGUUACCGGCUUCAAAUAUCUGAUUUCUGUCAGUGUUCAGGCCUGUCUGAGCACAAACACACCUACAGGACUGAACUGACUUACUUCACCAUGGACAAAGCAGAUUUCCUGAAAGGUCUACCGGUGUAUAACAAGACAAACUUCAGCAGAUUUCACGCGGACUCUGUAUGUAAAGCAUCGAACAGAAGGCCAUCAGUAUAUCUGCCUACACGAGAGUAUCCCUCCGAACAGAUCAUCGUCACAGAGAAGACAAACAUCCUUCUGCGUUAUCUUCAUCAACAGUGGGACAAAAAGAAUGCAGCUAAAAAGCGAGAGCAGGAGCAAGCAGAAGGAGAGGGCGGUAGCCCAGCGCCUCCCCGCAAAAUCGCCCGGACAGACAGCCAGGAGAUGAACGAGGACUCGUAGAGGAACCUACCAUCCAACAGCACAAGAACGGACACAACAAGCCCAAACACCCGCACACCACACAGGAAUUUCAUCUCAGAAAGAAAGAAAUGGAAGAACACUUCUCUUACAGUGUGCUUUUUUUUAUUUAUUUUACUGAGUGCUUCCUGAUGCAGUCAGUGCCCUGUUCUGAACAUGUGUGGCGCGACGGGUCUCCACUGCCAGCUUUGACGAUUCUGCUGAACUCUGAACUGCGAGGGGGGGGCGGGUACAGCGAAAUUCAACAAGCACAUAAGAAUGAAUGUCCGCUAUGAAGAUGUGUGUGAAAAUUGAUUUGUUAGGACACUAUUAAUGCAGUGUAAAAGUCCCUAGUAGUCUCAGCUGUGAAUUACCGCUUUCAUGAUGUACUCAGAACACAGGCACUAAACACACAGGCGUCUCUCUUCAGCGUCCAAAAAGGGAAAUUUCGGAAAUGUACAGGCACGUUCGGCAGAUUUAGAUGUAGUAUUUGGUGUUGGUAGCGUGACGGUCUUCCUAGCAGGUGCAUACUUGUGCAUGAAUGCACUGUUGGGACUGUUUUUCUGUUGUCACAGGUUGAGGAUGACGUUACCGGUGAUGUAAAGAAAUACAAAUGUCAGUCUCUUUCACUUCCCCCGUUGUCACGUAGGUUUCCAGUGCUGUGUUCGUUCCAGAAUCAUAAACAGAUUACAUGCCUUCAGAUGCCUGACUCCAUCUCUGACUUGAUCCCUGAGCGCUGAUUCACUUGUAGUCUGUUUGCCUUCUAAAUAUGAUUAAGUUUUUCCCAGGUUGGAGUUUAAUAGUGUCUCCUUUGUUUGGAUUUGUAGUUUAAUUUUGGAGUUCUGAGAUUUAAGGUGCAGCAGUUCCUCUCUUGACCUGCAGAGGGCGUCGGUGAGCUGUGGAUGAUCGGGUACAAUAAACACAUGAGGCUUAAUACUCUCAGCCAGUGUGCUUUGAGUCCACAACAUACACUGGAGCUGGAGACAUGAUGUGAGGUUAAAUCAGCUGUUUCAAGCCAUUGCCUGGCAAAGUUUGUUGGUUUGUUCUUGUUGAAAAGAUUGAAAUGUGUUGAAGCUAUCAAGGUUAACAAAACAAUGCAUGCAAAAUGUUUUGAGUAAAGAAAGCUUUUAAAACCUCUUGAGGGGGAAGUGUGCGGAGAGCAGCCCAUCUUGCGUCUAAAUCUGUUUCAGCGUUACUUACCGCAAUUACACCUGCAUUUGUAUGUUGUUCUUAUGAAGCCUUCCC